AGAAAGAAAAAAAAAAACUCAGUCAUCAGAAUGAUUAGAUUUGACAAAGUGGUGGUUCACUGACGCCAUGUAAUAGAAGUUAGUUUAAAUUGGAAUAAAAAGGACACAUUCCUUCUUUUUUCCUUUUCAUUGUACCAUUAAAUUAACACCGAAAUCGCCGAAUACGACUAAAAUCAAAAUCACAACACUGAUCCUUUCAUUUGCAAAUUGCAAAUGCAGAAAGGAAAAGCGGAUUCUAUCUCCAUCAUCAGCUCCCUUCCUGAAGAUGUUGCCCUCAAAAUUGCUUCGCUACUUCAGGUGCGGGAUUUGUGUGCCUUAGGUUGUUGUUCGAUGUUCUGGAAGGAACUCUGCUUCUCAGAUUGCAUUUGGGAGUCUCUUGUCAGAAACAGAUGGCCCUCACUCUCUUCCUUCCAUUUCCCUUCUUCUUCUUCCACUCAUUCUCCCAGUUUCGAGAAAUUGUUUGUUUGGAAAAUUGGGUUACAGAAGUGGAGGAAAUUGUACUUGGAGAGGCACGUGGAAUUGGGAGUUAGAGCUAGGUCUGUUGUGAAGUUUCUGGAAGCUUGUUCUCGUUCUGAAUCACUUGAGGUUGGGGACUAUCUGAAAGCUGUUGACACCUUGAUUGGUACGAUGUUUGGGUUUGAAGACGUGCAGAGGUUCUUGUUCAACCCUCAAAUGAAUGUGCUGAUUAACUUGGUUGGGGUACACUACUGCCUCACAACCCUUGGGAUUCCGGGUGACAAUCUUGUAGAAGCCCUUCGGAUUCAUGAGAUCUCAGAUCGGCGUGUCUGCGUCAGGUGGUGGAAAGUUGGUAGAUGGUACUAUGGCUUCCGCAUGAGGGAUGAGUCACAUUCUCGGUGGGUUUCUUUGGCAGAUUUGGCAACAGAAGAUGAUGAGCAUGUUUUGGGAGUGCUUCGCCGAGGUGCUGUUCAUGAGGUUUUACGUGUUCAGAUCUCUGUGGUUGGUCGUCCAUCAAAACCUUGGUCUUGCAAUAGCUAUACGGAGAUAAACUAAAGUAUUGAUAUCUAUCUGAGUUACUGUGUAUAGUUAUGGUUUGUAAAGUUCUGUGGUAAUAAUCCAUGUAUAGUUUGCCAUCAAAGAUAAGACAAUAAUAAGUUCAUAAUGCUUGUUAUAUUAUUUGAACUCCGUAUCUCGUUGUAUAUAGCUGAGACUUGUUAACUUGAUAUAUGGCAGCACCUCAAUGAAAAUAAGCCUUAAAGGUUUUGGUAAUUGGUAA